AUGGCGGUCAAAACUGAUAUGAGUAAAGCGUACGAUAGACUCGAGUGGAGCUUCAUCAAAGCUGUCUUCGAACGGUUAGGCUUCAGUGCUAUCUGGGUCAACUGGAUCAUGCAAUGCAUCUCCACAGUCUCGUACUCUUUUCUUAUCAACGACACUGCCCGGGAGAUGGUGGUUCCGGAUAGAGGCAUCCGACAGGGCGAUCCCCUCUCACCCUACAUUUUCAUCCUCUGCGGAGAGGUCCUUUCGGGUCUCUGCUGCCGGGCUCAGAACAGUGGCGAUCUUACUAGGAUUCGGGUGGCUAGACGUUGCCCGAGACUAACCCAUCUCCUCUUUGCGGAUGAUACCAUGUUUUUUAUCAAAGCCACUACAAGCAACGCCUCAACGCUUCAUGCUAUUCUCCACCAGUACGAACUAGCUUCGGGUCAGCUCAUAAACACAGACAAGUCCUCUAUCUCCUUUUCAGCGAAAACACCACAGGAAACACGAAUCAGUGUUAAACAAACCCUUGGUAUAGCUAAAGAGGGAGGGGUAGGCAAAUAUCUAGGACUACCUGAGCUUUUUACAAGAAAGAAGCGUGACCUUUUCUCCUCCAUUGUGGAACGAAUCAAGAUCAAAGCCGCCUCCUGGUCUUCUCGCCGGUUAUCAGCGGCCGGGAAACUCACCAUGCUCAAGUCGGUAUUGACAGCUACACCUACCUACUCUAUGUCAUGCUUCCUCCUCCCCGUGGGACUAUGUAACAGCAUACAAUCAGCCUUGACCCGGUUCUGGUGGGAUGCGGAUCCUUCCACCCGCAAAAUAUGUUGGGUCUCUUGGGACACUCUUUCGACUUCAAAAGAUUCUUGCGGACUUGGGUUUAGGGAUAUACAGGCCUUCAAUAUAGCUAUGCUUGGAAAAUUAGCUUGGCGUCUAGUCACCAAGCCGGACUGUCUACUGGCUCGAACUCUCUUAGGAAAGUACUGCUACAAAGGGAGUUUCUUGACAGUCCCCUGCCCCUCAUCCACGUCACAUGGCUGGAGAGGGAUCAUUGCUGGAAGAGACCUGUUAAUUAGACAUCUUAGGAAGGUGAUAGGCAAUGGAAACUCAACAAAAGUUUGGUCUGAUUCGUGGUUAUCCAGCUCCGAGGAUAUGAGGAUUCUUGGCCCACCAAGAGAGAUCGACAGAGACCUUGUUGUUGCAGACCUUAUGAUUAGAGGUUCAAAUGAGUGGAAUCACACAAAGAUCGAAGCAACAUGCCCGCAGGUAGCUCACCUAAUCUAUCUGAUCCGCCCAAGCGCCCAUAAUAUGGAGGACAUCUUUUGCUGGCAUGGAUCUAAGGAUGGUAUCUAUAGUGUACGAUCUGGCUACUACUCCUUGAUAGAAGACACCAGAGGACAAGCUCAUCAGUUACUUAUGGCCCCCUUUAAUUGGAGUAAGGCUAUCUGGGCAGUGGAUACAUCGCCAAAACUCAAGCUGUUUCUCUGGAAAUUAGCGCAAGGAGCUCUCCCGCUUGGAGCAAACCUACAAGCAAGAGGCAUGAUGUCUAACACCAACUGCCCUCACUGCGGAGGCAUCGAAACAGGAGUCCACCUUAUCUUCGAAUGUCCUUUUGCCCAACAAGUAUGGGCACUAGCCCCCAUCAAACCAAACCUGGACUUCAUCAGCUCUGCCUCAGUUCACAGCGCCCUCACCGCAGCAUCGAGGCUGGUCUGUCUUCCCCCUUCGGGUAUUGCAUCUGACUUCUUCUCUUGGCUAUGCUGGAAUAUCUGGACUGCUAGGAACCGGCUUCUCUUCGAGAACAGAACAUCGCCAGCCAUCUCUAUUGUAACAAACGCCUUAUGUAAUGCGAGGGAAUGGAUGCUGGCUCAGGAAAAGAAACCCGACUCUCCACCACCAGCUUCUCCCUACCUACCAGCUAUAUCCUUUCCACCGGAGACAGCGCUCUGUAACUCUGACGCAGCUUGGACUACAACCACUAAGCGGGCAGGCCUGGGAUGGAUUCUAGGCAGCACCACUACAACGCCACAAGUGUCGGGCUCCUCUGCUUCUCCUUUUGUCUCGUCACCACUCCUCGCAGAGGCCUUGGCCCUACGGGAAGCAAUCCGUGCAGCACACGCUGCUAACCUCCCCAACGUCUGGAUGCGCUCCGACUCUCAAGUGCUCGUUAGAGCAGUCAACUCGAAGAAAUUUCCAAUGGAGCUCUAUGGAGUUUUAAUGGAUAUCGAGUAUCUAUUUUCCCGUUUUAUGUUUUUUCUGCUUUCUUUUAUUCCGCGAGAGCAGAACUCUGCGGCUGACUCGCUAGCUAAAUCUGCACUUUGUAUUGAACCGGCCACUCUUCGGGUCUGA